AUGCCUACCGUUGGAGACUGGACGGUGAGAAUUGUCUCAUCGAAGGAAGCUCUUGCCGAGGAGGACGUGGAAUUAUGGGACGACGACACAGCGGAGUGCAACGUUACCUGCAACCGCCAGGCGUCGUUCUAUAUCGAUUUCGAGGCGACUGCGAACGACAAUGGUGCCUAUGCCAUUGUACUAGUGGACGGAGUUCAGUUCGACCACUUCCUCAUCCCAAAGCGUACACUUAAGGCCCAGAGCUGGGGUUGGCAGGAUGGGUCUACCGCGGAGGUGUUGCCUUACGCGUGGAUGCCGCGCUCCUCCCUGUCGUUCCGCUCGGACAUCCCCAGGUCCGUCCAGACUGACCUACAGGGCAAGAUUGUUGUCCUCCUGCACAAGCUACACGGCAAGCUCCCACCACCACAGCGCGAGAUAUAUGUCCGAAGGCCUUUCAAAGCGCGUUCUCGUAAUCAUCCACGACAGAGCCACCACGCUCAUUAUUGUGAGAUUGCCGAUCUUGAUGCCCCGACGGACGUCAAGCGUGUUCAAGGAGCGGGAAUGUCCCGUAGGAAUCGCGGUUUGCAUAAGCGUCACUCCUCUGUCGGUCGCAUGGCCGCGAACAAUACCAGGCCGAGUGCGAUAUCUUCCAAUAACCCACGUCCCACCCAAGCGACAAACCACUUGAGCUCAGCCAGCGGAGGAUCUUCGAGCCUUUCCUUGAAGCGAGAGGCAGAGGAAGACAGCGACCUUCUGAGUCCUCGCAAGAGGAAGGCAUAUGAUCUCGAGCGCCGAAUCUGGCGUGAAGAGACUAACAAACUGGUGGCGGAGGGCAAGAUCGAGGCACUUCGAGAGGCGAAGAAGAUAUUCCUGGAGGUGGAGGGCGAGCGAGUUGACGGCUCGCAAUCAGACGACGAAGUUACAAUGGUCAGCCCAGGGUCUGGCUCUGGCGGUGCCUCUCUAUCUAGCGUGCGUCGCUGA